AAUAUACAGCUACGUGUUGGUGAAGAAACCUUAUCAGAGCAGCAGCCACACGCAGCGGAGCAGCGGAGCGACACCGAGGAUUCAAACGCCGUUAAAAAUAAAAACUCCUCGAGUUUAUUUCAAACCGAGCUCGUUUUUAAGAUGAAGACAUCCUGAAGAUGGGUUUAACGCGUUUGGAGAAUUAAUAUCUUCGAAAGGAGGAGGGGAUUUUUUUAUUUUUAUUUUUAAUUACCAGCAGCUGGAGUGAAACAUCCGACUAAAGGGGACGCGCAGAAAACCGGGAGGAAUGUCGUCUGAAAAACACGGACUCGACGACUCCGGCCGCCAGACCAUGCAGCCGCCCCCGUACCUCCCUGGACCCCCGGAUCCCAACAUGACCGCCGUGCCGGGCGCCCAGCCCGGUUAUCCCGCUCCGCCGCCGCCUUCGGGGUCCGAGGGAUACCUCCAAGAAACGACGUUUCACUACGGGGCUCCGAGCGCCGCGCAGGGCUACACGGUGCAGACCCAGGGUCCCGGAGGCGCCAUGCAGCACCCGCAUGUGGGGUACAUCCACCCGGGCUACCCGCUGCAGCUGCAGCCAUGCACCGCUUACGUUCCCGUCUAUCCCAUGGCGUCGGGUCAGCCCUACAUGCCAGCAGCAGGAAGCCACCCGGGGAUCCCCCCAGGCCAGAUCCACCCCAUGCAGAUGCCCCCCAGCAUCACCCUGAUGGACCGCCGGCCGCCCCACGACUACCUGCCCAUUGCCGUGCUAACCACCGUGUGCUGCUUCUGGCCUACAGGCAUCAUCGCCAUCAUCAAGGCAGUGAAGGUGCGCAUGGCGAUAGCCCGAGGGGACAUGGUGACUGCGGAAAUAGCGUCCCGUGAGGCCCGCAACUUCUCCUUCAUCAGCCUGGCCGUGGGCAUUGCCUCGCUGGUGCUCUGCACCAUCCUCACCGUGGUAGUCAUCAUAGCCUCGCAGCAUCACGACGACGACUGGGACCCCUAACCGGUCCCGCUUUCCCAACUAGAGCGUCUAAAUAUUAUCUAUCUAACUACUGUCAAUCGCUUGGUUAGGAGGGGGAGAAGGAAAAUGCACUGCUUCUGCUUGUCGGCCCUUUCUGUACAGCUACCCACAGAGUUUAAAGACCUAACCUGCUUCUAUCAAACACCCACCAAUGACCAAAAAUAGCAAGUGGUUGUUAAAUAGGUCCAGAAUGACCACUUAAUAUUUGCUUUCGUAUUAAAAGUAUGAGCUGGAGGAUGGAGACAAACCUUGUGUUCGCGAUCCAUUUGUGUGCUGCUAAUUGAUGCAGUUAGGUAACAAACUGUAAGUCACUGUGUGUUUAAUAUUUCACCAACCGACUCACAACGUUCAUUUAUUACACUGCAAAACACUAAAUCCAAGUAUGUUUGGUCUAGUUUCUACUGUAAAUAUCUUAGUACACUGGAAAUAAGAGAAAACUACCUUACAAGUCACUUUUUGUCAGGUUCAAACCCUAUAACACUUUGACACAAAGACACAAAGAAGAGUGACAACUGAUUAAAUCUCAAUCAAUGAGAAAGCAAGGAGAGAAAAUAAGAAGAGGGUUUGCUUCAGUCUCCAAACUCGCUCUGAGAAUCCUCUCUUUCUUCUCCUUUAUUUUGCAAUCACGACACCCUGAUUUACAUUUAGCUAGUUUGGUUGUAAAAGGGACGGGGAAGACAAAACACGGCUGCUAACACACAAUCAUGAAUCUUUCUAUACAAUGAAUCUGCUGUCUUUCUGCAUGUGAGGUCUCAAGCGCAGUUCCCAUGUUCCUGGGUCAUAACCUUUGUCCUUUAGCCUUUUGGUGUUUUACUAAGAGCAUCUCUUAGUUUUGGCUCCAGAGUGGCUGGUACCUGCUUCCAGUCUGGCACGCCUAUCAGUUUCCUGCAGACAUCUUUCACAAGGUAGAGAUUCCAGAAACAGAAUCUAACAGUCCUUAAAUAUAAUGAUUAGUAUUCAUAUAGGUUAUUAUUUUAAUUCUAUCACUUUUCAAUAAGAUGUAUUGGCUUGUUUUAAUCAAUCAAGUUUAUUUAUAUAGCACAUUUCAGCAACAAGGCAGCUCAAAGUGCUUUACAUCAUAAAGCACUUUGUGAUAUGAAGUCAUAGAGCAACAAUUUCAACAUUACGUUUUGCCAAGUCUUUACAAAUCAGAAUGCUGGUUAGCAUUUUUUAAAUUUUGGUUAAAAAGCAUCUCCAAACAGGUGAGUUUUUAGUAUAUAAAAUUCUAAAGAAUUCCUUAAUUUUGAUAAAGAAUUACUAGUUCCAUUAGCAGAUUAUUACACUUUUAGGAAGACAUUUUUGUCACAACCUGCCAAUGAAACUACCACAUUUUCAUCAAUACUAAGAAAUUAUUGACUUAAAACAAACUCUUAUAUCUUGCUAAAAAGUUACCUGUAAUUUGCAGAAGAAAUCUCACCAAAAAUACUUGGUAGGAUUUUGUGUUUUUGCAGUGUAAGUUAGACAAAUGCCCUUUUAGUCCUUCCCAGUGCAUAAUGCAUCAUUUUUGGAGCAUGAAAUAGUUUUUAUUUGUUUUUAUAAAGGUUUUCUGCUUCACAAGGCACUAAUUUGUAAAGAUGGAUUGGCCACUAUGCAUUUAUACGACUAUCGUUGUGCAUGGGACCCAUUCUAGUAAUUAAAUAAUGGAUCUCAGAUGCAGUGUCCUUUGGUUACGUAAUGUUUCCUUCAAAUGAGUUAGAGGCAGUUCAACUCUGGGUAAUAAUCGGGACCCAUACGGGUCUCAGAUGAGCUGGAUAAUUUAAAAUGAUACUCAUUUGUGUUCCAACUAAGACUUAUAACUGGUUUUACCGACACUGGUUGCAUUGGCCCAUUGUGAGUCCCAGGCCGGUUAAAAAUACAGAUGAGGCCCAACAUGCAGUAUCACCAGAAAGUAUUCACACCACAUCACUUUUUCUAUUUUUUAUUUAUGGAUUUUGGUGUAAUUUGUUUUCUUUCUUUUUAUAGCACAUUUCAGCAACAAAGCAGUGCUUUACAUCAUACAAACACAAAAAUAUGAAGUCAUAGAGCAACACCAGAUACCCUACAUGAUGUACUCAUGACAAGAUGAAUACAAGUUUUCAGUCAUUUUUGUAAGUUUAAACAAUAAAUGUUAAAAAAUUAAAGGUAGUAAGUCAAUAUAUAUUCAGAUCUGUAGCUUAAUUUUUGGUUUAAUCACCUUUGGCAGUUAACACACCUUCACGCCCUCUUGACUUGAGUCCUAUUGACUCCUCCACAAGCUUGGCUUGUUGUGUAUUUUCUACUAUUCUUCUCUGCAGAUCCUCUUUAGGUAAGUACAGGUGGACAGGCAUGUUGAAUUGACAUCCUGGAUUUAAAUCUGGUUGGACAUUUUAGCAGUGUAAGAACCAUUGGUGGACACACUUCUGCUAACACACUAAUAGCAUAGAUAAUUUUUUUCAUUUAUACUUCGGGAUAAAUUUUAAAUCACAUAGUGCUUGUCUAUUUUGUAAGGGUUCAGUUGGAUAAAAUUCAACAUCAGUGUUGGGGUUUUGGUUACCAACUGUUAGUAAUUGUUCAAAUAUUGGUAUUCAUGCUCUUAUUUUGAAGUGAGUGAAGACCAUGUAUUACUUUGUUAAAUAUUCUCAAAGUGACUCGUUUCUGUGAAAGAAUACAAGAUUUUUGUAGUUGUAAUUAUUUAUUGAUACCAGUAGGUGACGAUAGUGGGCACUUUAACUUUUUAUUUUUUGCCGACCGAGUGGAAGAAAACUGUUUAGACAGAAGUUCCGUUGUUCUGUGAGAUCGACGGAACAGCGCUGUUAUUAUUACCAUAUGCUUUUAUUUAAUCAGCAGGAUAACACCAUGACGUUGAAGUUAGAUCGUCGUAUACUUUGUUAUUAACAGCUGUAUGACAUCCUGACUUAGCGGCUAACCACUCAGAUCAUCAUCAACGAACAGGGAGGCGAGUUUUAUACGGGCCGUCUUUUGUAGUUGGCUGUAGCUGCGGCUAGAAAAUACAAUUAGAAACCUCAACAAUGCAUAUAUAUCCAUCUAAUUAUUAAAAACUUGAAAUAUUUUUUGUUGUAUCUUGUGUAUAAACUGAACUGACAGCUACUGUAAAUGUCGCGGGCCUCUUAAUGCGCAUGUGCACGCAUGCGUACUCACUGCGUGUAUGCUACUCUGACAGAACACCGUUUCCUCUCCUGACUGUCCCCCCACCCCGAUUUAUUUAUUUAAAACAAGAAGUUUACAUAAACAAAAACGGACAGAGGAGAACAAGAUAUCAACACAAAGGUAUUGUAGAAUAUGUAAAUUACAGUAUUAAUAUUAAAUUGGUGCUAAAGGGUUGUAAUGACCGAUAUAAUUUGAAUAGAAGUUAGCAAUUUAGCAUUAGCUUCAACUAAAAACGUGUUGGUAGGAUGGUGUGAUUAUCAGUUGCUGUUUUUGUCCACACAUGAUUCUAAAAAGUUUAAUUUCAGUGUCAUCAGACCAGAGAAUUUAGUUUCAAAUAACAAAAUGCACAUUUUAUAAACUAUCAAAAAUGUCUAAACUCACGUUUCCCCCUUAUUUUGUUUUUUGUUAUUAGUUUUUUAUAAAGUAAACUAUAUUUAGUUUGGUUUUUGGCUAAAUCUGUGACAAAAUGUGGAGAAAAAGAGAAGUUGUGAAUACUUUCUGAUGUUAGCUGUCAGCAAACUUAGCUUUAAUUUCCAUAUUAAAUGCCAGAUGAGAUAGCACUAUUAUAAAUUAUAUGUUUUAAAAUUUAUUUAUAUGUUAUUUAUUUUCUCAUUUAUUUAAUCCUGACCAUUGCAUCAACCUUGUCUGCUGUAAUCUGUAGUGAGUCGUUGCAACUACUUGAUACUCUGAAUUGGCAUACCGUUAGUACCUGGUGAUGGUAAUGAUGAUGAUAUUGCACUUUGUAGUAACCAGAUAAAAUGACACAUCUGUUUACAUUUAUAGAUCUUAUAGUGCAUGAUGAAUAUAAAUCUAGGCUAAUGGGCUUUUAGUGCAAAAGUAGCUGUGCUCCCAGCUGCUGAGGGGAACAUUUCCUAAAAUAUUCAAUGGGUUUGUGAUGCAGUAUUUUCCAAAGUGGUAAACAAGCUACUCCAACAAAAAACCCCAUAAAAAACAAAACAAGAAAUGGAGACAGAUAGGAAGAAUAUACAGAUUAGAUCUGCAGAUAUUCUUUUUGCAAGUAAUUUAGACGAGUUUUAGCUUUUUUUUCUGUGGCAAUCUAAUAUUUACUCUCUAAGACUCUGUUCUUAGUACAGCAGUAGACAUAUGAGGUAACAUAACCCUGCAUGUCAUCCUCAGUUUGUUUCCAUUUGUCCUAAGUAUUAAGGAUAGAUGUGUGCGUUUCUACAAUGUAGCUCCGAACAGCAGCUGGGCUGUUGUCUCUGAAAGGUAUCGUGGCUGUGAAGUCGCUCUAUAAACUUUUAUCUUAGGGUUAUGAAAUGAAUGUUUCAAGUAAAAGAGAGGACAUAUUAAUGCCUACAUUGUGUUGUAGCACUUUCUGCUCUAUGAAAACUUUAUUCCUCCCUGUGAGUCCCUAUUUAAUGAUAAAUGGACCUAUUACAUAUCUCUUCUGCUCCUCAUGGUUUCUCUGCUUCUCCCUUUGAUGAUGAUACUUUAAAAAAUAUUAUAGUUAUUUAAAUUUACAGACAGUAUUUAAAAAAAAGGUAUAUGCUGUAGUUUGUAAUAAGAGUAUUAUUAAUAGCGAUGUGUUAUUUUCUGUAUAUCUGGGAACAUCUGGGCCUUCAUUUAUUAAUCAGAAACAAGGAUUUACCCUGCAGCUGUACUGUAAUUCUUAAAAAGAAAUGUUAUUCUUUUGUAAAAUCAGUUGUGGGUUUAUGUUUAAAUUAUCUUUUUUACGAGUGUCAUGAAUUGUUUUUGCUAACUAUUUAUUUGGAUAUUUUUAGUCAUUUCUAGUCAUAAAUAAAAUUAUUAGGUUUAGGAGACAAUUACUUUUUCAUAUUAGUUUGAAAAUCUUUUUUCCCUUCUAAAUUAAAUCAUAAUUUGAAAAAUUUUCUUUUCAUUAUGACUAUUCACUCUGAUUAUACUUGAUGUUAGAAUUUAUUUCAUUAUCUGAAUUAUUUCAAUGUAAUUAAAGACUAAAGUAAAAUGGGAAAAUACUUUUUAAAGCACUGUACAUCAGUAUAUUAACCCUAUGGGUAGGACAGUAGGUGUUUGGAUUAACUUACUCUAUAUUGUUAGCAUGACAGACUGUUCUACAGAGAAUGCUAAUGGUUUUAGCAUGCUAGGAAAUGUAGAAAUAAACAGAAAGUUACCAUCUACUUUUUUUCUCUAUUUAUUUACUUAAAAUAAAAAUAUUUUACAGUGACAAAUUUCUACAGGUUUGUGAUUAUAUUAAAUUAGACAACAUCUAAAUUGUCCUUCACUUUUCUUAGACAUUACUCUGACUGAAUGGGACAUUUGGGUGAAUGUUCACUUUGUAAAUUAUGUUUUGUUGCACAAAAAACCCCAUAAGGUUGCUGUUAAAUUGAGCCUGUACAUGUUAGCCUAGCUAAGGUUAGCUCAGGCUAGCCUUACUGUCUCAAACGGUUUUUAACUUGCCUUCUCUCACCCCUUUGUUUUGUUUUAAUCUUUGUACUUAUUUAAAAUAUGUUAUAUGAUGUCUUGGUCAGCAUAUUAGAGCUAGCAGUUGUAUUUUAUCCAUUUUUGAUAGACGACUAGCUGGUGCUAAAGCUAACAGCUGAAGCUACAUUAGCUUAGCAACGCAUCGCUGCAAGAAAGCCAAAUAAAAUAUACCUCUGAAAGUCUCAGAUUUAUAUUGUAUUUAUUAAAGUUAUAGUGAACAGGUGUACAUUUUUAUCUUUAUGCAUUUUACCUAUUUUCCAUGUUUUCCUGUUUGAUAAAUUCAGGCCCUGCUAUUAUAUACAGACAAUGAUAUUCAGUGUUCCAGCGUAAUUGAGGCACAGUGCUGUUUAGUAUUAUUAUUGUAAAGAAGGCUUUGGCGGUGAGUGUGUGUCUGCUGAAUAUAGAGACUUCUGUUAUGUGGCAUUAGGCUGCAUCUCCCUUUGUGCUUUACAGUAACUGCAGCUCAGAAAUGACUCCCUGUUUAUUUCAUUAUCUUGAGUUUUUAAGGGGUUGCUUGUUCAAGAAGCCAAAAACUACCUGUGUAAACGUGGGGGUUUAUUAUUCUCAUGUUUUGGGCUGUGUUGCACAUGCAUUGGUUGUUUCUGAGUUCAGUUGUUUGAGUAAUGAAUAAAAGAAUAAUUCUGGUUUGUGAACAAA